CAAAAACAAAUACGUAGCCCACAAGAACCCACGAUCCUAGCAGUAUCAGCCUGAGACCUGACGAAUGUAGCACGAGGGCGCUCCGCGAAGGAGAGACACGACGUGACUCGGGCUUCCUUCCCUCCUACCGGACAUUUACCCACUACCAUACAGGGACCCUGCAAUUGGCGAUCUUGGACGGUGCGGGACACCGCCCGCCACAGCGGUUUCACAAAAGUCGGCAACCAACAAGUCACCUCACCUUCCCCAAACGCUAUAAGGCACAAUCCCCGCCAAACACGAAAGAGUGGAAAAUAAAACAAUUCCCAUAUCUGUGAUCCAACAGACCAGCUCUCCUCACACACACAAACGCCAUUCCCUCGACCGCAGCGCAACAUCGUCCGACUGCUGCACACACCCCGCGCCCGCCCGCUCCGCUACUCCAACAACGCCGCGCGCACUAGCACGUCUCGGCUCACCGCAGCAGCACCGCCGCCCAAGAUGGCAGCACAGACCCCCGCACAAGAGGAGUUCCAGGCGAUACUCGACAAAGCCUCGCGAGGUGGCGCGCCGACCGACCGCCACCCCGAGGACGCGAAUGGUGGCGCCGACGAGAUCGACGAGGCGGACGAGGAGGCGCGGUACCGCGCGCGCCAGAUGGAGGAGGCGAUGCGGGCGCCGAGUGGGGGAGGGGGAGGGGGGAGACUGAAUCUGCCGCCGCCUAGCUUUGAUAGUGGGAGGACGACGGGGGUGAAGGGGGUUAUUGCUGAUGCGAGGAGUUUUGAGCAGGCGAGGAGGGAGGGGUCGAGGAAGGUGGGGGGGAAGGAGGGGAGGGUUAAUGGAGGGGGGGAGGAGGAGGCGAUGGACGCGUUGGAUGCGCUGGAGGAGGAUGAGGAGUUUUUGGAGAAGUGGAGGGAGGAGAGGAGGAGGGAGUUGGAGAGGGAGGGGAGUGAUAUUAGGAAUAGGAGGACGAGUCCUAGUGUGAGGCGGUUUGGACGGUUUGAUGAGGUUGAUGCGCUGGGGUACUUGGAUGCGAUUGAGAAGGUGGGAAGGGAGACGGUGGUGGUGGUUUUUGUAUAUGAUAUCGAGUGCGGAGUCUCGCAGGUUAUCGAAGAAGCUCUUACCCCGCUCGUCGCGACACAUCCCGAAAUCCACUUCGUCAAGGUGCACUACGACGACAUAGAGUUUGAUAAUGCAGGCGUGCCGGCCAUCCUGGCGUAUAAACAACAGGGAGAGCUGUUUGCGAAUCUCACAUACAUCAUCGACCAGAUACCCGAGGAUACGAACUUUGAUACCCAAGCUUUGAAGAAUGUGCUGAGGAAGCACAAGGUCUUAUAAUCGCAUUUUUCUUUUUGGCUGGGCUCUGUAGGGUACAGACUACGAGGCUAUUGCUGCUAUAUUUGAAGCCUUGGAAGGCAUUGUAUUAUACCUAAGGCGUUUUUGAAACUUUGGGAGAUAGAGGAUGGGAGGAUAGUAAAGGGGCCGGGAAAGGGGCAUAGUUAGACACAACACAAUAAACAACAUACAGCGC